GUAGGAAUAUUUGGGGAGGCAUUAGUGAUGUACAGAAAAAUGCCAACUUUUAGCCUACAAACAUCUCUUACGGUACAUCAGCAAAUUUAUCCUGGGGAGAAAUUAUGUAAAUUUGAAGAAUGUGGGAAGGCCUUUACUUAUGACUAGCAACAGCAAGGAAUUCAUAUUGGUGAGAAACCCUAUAGAUGUAAGAAAUGUGGGAGGGUCUUUAGACAUUUUUCCUAUCUUACGGAACACCAAAGAAUUCAUUCUGGUGAAAAGCAUUAUGAAUAUAAGGAAUGUGGAAAAGCUUUUAUUUGUGGCUCACAUCUUAAUCAGCAUCAGAGAAUUCAUUCAGGUGAGAAACCCUAUAAAUGUCAGGAUUAUGGGAAGGCUUUUAGACAGUCUGCACACCUUACUUGACAUCAGAGAAUUCAUUCUGGUGACAAACCUUAUAAAUGUAAGGAAUGUGGAAAAUCUUUCAUUUGUGGCUCAAAACUCAAUCAACAUCAGAGAAUUCAUACUGGUGAGAAACCGUAUGGUUGUAAGGAAUGUGGGAAGGCCUUUAGAUUGUGUUUACAACUUGGUCAGCAUCAGCGACUUCAUACUGGUGAGAAGCCUUAUCAAUGUAGGGAAUGUGGGAAGGCCUUUCUUCGUGGCUCACAGCUUACUAAACACCAGAGAAUCCAUCCUGGCAUGAAAUACUAUGAAUGUAAAGAAUGUGGGAAAGUGUUCAUUGGUGGUUCCCAACUUUUUCAACAUUACCAAAUUCAUACUGAGAAGUCCUAUGAAUGUGCACAAUGUGGGAAGGCCUUUAUCUGUGCCUCACAACUUACUUAACAUCAGCAAAUUCAUACUGCUAUGAAACCCUGUCAAUGCAAAGAAUGUGGGAAGGCCUUUAUCCAUGGCUCAGAACUUACCCGACAUCAUAACAUUCAUACAGGUGAGAAACCCUAUGAAUGUAAGGAAUGUGGGAAGGCCUUUAGACAGUCCGCACACCUUACUCAACAUCAGAGAAUUCAUAUUGGUGAGAAACCCUAUAGAUGUAAGAAAUGUGGGAGGGUCUUUAGACAUUUUUCCUAUCUUACGGAACACCAAAGAAUUCAUUCUGGUGAAAAGCAUUAUGAAUAUAAGGAAUGUGGAAAAGCUUUUAUUUGUGGCUCACAUCUUAAUCAGCAUCAGAGAAUUCAUUCAGGUGAGAAACCCUAUAAAUGUCAGGAUUAUGGGAAGGCUUUUAGACAGUCUGCACACCUUACUUGACAUCAGAGAAUUCAUUCUGGUGACAAACCUUAUAAAUGUAAGGAAUGUGGAAAAUCUUUCAUUUGUGGCUCAAAACUCAAUCAACAUCAGAGAAUUCAUACUGGUGAGAAACUGUAUGGUUGUAAGGAAUGUGGGAAGGCCUUUAGAUUGUGUUUACAACUUGGUCAGCAUCAGCGACUUCAUACUGGUGAGAAGCCUUAUCAAUGUAGGGAAUGUGGGAAGGCCUUUCUUCGUGGCUCACAGCUUACUGAACACCAGAGAAUCCAUCCUGGCAUGAAAUACUAUGAAUGUAAAGAAUGUGGGAAAGUGUUCAUUGGUGGUUCCCAACUUUUUCAACAUUACCAAAUUCAUACUGAGAAGUCCUAUGAAUGUGCACAAUGUGGGAAGGCCUUUAUCUGUGCCUCACAACUUACUUAACAUCAGCAAAUUCAUACUGCUAUGAAACCCUGUCAAUGCAAAGAAUGUGGGAAGGCCUUUAUCCAUGGCUCAGAACUUACCCGACAUCAUAACAUUCAUACAGGUGAGAAACCCUAUGAAUGUAAGGAAUGUGGGAAGGCCUUUAGACAGUCCGCACACCUUACUCAACAUCAGAAAAUUCAUGAUCUAACAUAACAAAUGUAGGAAACCCUUUACUUCACAUUCAUUUGUCAUACAUCUCAGAUUUA